UAUUCGGGUAAUCGCAUCGUUGGCGUGGCCGACCAUCCCGUAUUUCCGGUCAAUCAGUGACAAGGCAGGGCAAGGCAAGGCAAGGCAGCAGCGGGCUAAGGGGGGUGGGGGGGACGGAACGCAUGCCCCCUCCACGCUAUGAAUGUGUCGCGAAAGAACAAUUGUUUUAAUGGGAGACAACAAUAACAUGGAGAGAGAAAGAACUCGAGAGCAAUAGAGAGAGAGAGAGAGAGAGAGAAAAAGAGCUUACAUUGCGUUCCCGCGAAAGUCGACGAAGGAACUUCUAGAAGAAAAGGAGAAAAGAAAAAAGAUAGAGCUUACUGUAGGGCUGGAAAAGAGUUCUGACAGGCCCCGUCACAACGGUUUUUCUUGCUUUUUUCUUCUCUUUUGUUGUCGUGCUGCGUUUGCUUCCAUUCUAUCUAUCUAUGUUCCCCUCCCCCUUCCCCUCGGCGCUCGCGCGCGCGUGUGUGUGCAUGUGUGUAUGUAUUUAUGUAUGUAUGUGAGUGCAAGAAGGAUUCACCGGGCUGGCUUUGAACGCUGGUCCUCUUGCAUAGCCCCUCUUCCUUCUCGUAAACGGGUAAAGAACGAGGGCAGUAGGAUGGUUUCGAUAUAUCGUCUGCUUCUACGCCUCGUAAUCGGGGUCUCGGGGUUUCGGGGUCCUGUACUCCCAUCCCUCCUUCUCCUACUGCUGCUGCUGCUACUGUUGUCUAGCUCAUGCUGUGUUGAGUAUGUAGCCGAGCUCUCUGUCUCUCUCUCUCCUCAUCUCUAUGGGUACCAGGUAUGGUACGCAUGGUUCACAGGAUUCCAAUAA